CGCCCAGCCUGCGGCGGAACCAUGGAGGCGGUGCUGCUGCAGGACUUCGUGCGCGCCCUGGACCCCGCCUCCCUCCCGCGCGUGCUGCGGGUCUGUUCGGGGGUCUACUUCGAGGGCUCCAUCUACGAGAUUUCUGGGAAUGAAUGCUGCCUCUCCACAGGAGACCUGAUCAAGGUUACCCAGGUUCACCUCCAGAAGGUGGUCUGCAAGAACCCAAGGACAAGUCAGACCAUGGAGCUCGCCCCCAACUUCCAGGGCUACUUCACCGCCCUCACCAGCCCCCAGAGCUACGAAACCCUGGAAGAGCUGGCUUCUGCCAUAACUUGGAGCUCCAAGCAGCGGCCUGUUUACUUCAUGUCAACCCAAAGAAUUGUCACAGAGGCCAGGGUAGUGCCUGAGGACCAACUCCUCAUUUUUGAGGCGGUGGAAAUGUACCUCGGGACCCACUGUGCCCGCUGUGUCCUGGGACUGGGGAAGCAACAGGUCAUCCUACACCUGCCCCUAUCGCAGAAGGGGCCCUUCUGGAAGUGGGAGCCCAGUGCCCCUCGAACACUGCUCCAGACUCUGCAGGACCCUGCCCUGGGGGACCUCGUCUUCACCUGCCCCACCCUACCGUGGCAGUUCCUGGUCCUGAAGCCCCAGUAUGAGAUCCAAGCCAUCAUGCACAUGCGCAGGACCAUUGUUAAGAUCCCCUCUACCCUGGAGGUCGAUGUGGAGGAUGUCACCGCCUCCACCCAGCACAUCCAUUUCAUCAAACCGCUGCUGCUGAGCGAGGUCCUGGCCCGGGAAGGCCCCUUCCCCCUGGCCGUGGAGAUCCUGGAAGUUCCAGAGGGGCCCCCCAUCUUCCUCAGCCCAUGGGCAAGGUCUUUGCGGAAAGGCCAGCAGCUUUGCAUCCAUGGCCUGGCCUCACCACCCUGGCGGGUCCUAGCCUCAAGCAAGGGCCGAAAAGUACCCAGACACUUCAUGGUCUCCGGGACCUACCAGGGCAAGCUUCGAAGGCGGCCGAGGGAGUUCCCUACCGUCUAUGACCUCCUGGGUGCUUUCCAGCCGGGCCAGCCACUCCGGGUGGUGGCCACAAAGGACUGUGAGGGUGAGAGGGAGGAGAAUCCUGAGUUUACGUCUCUGGCUGUGGGUGAUCGGCUGGAGGUGUUGGGGUCUGGCCAGAUUAGUGGGACCCAAGGCUGCGACACAGACGUCUUGGUAUGUCAGAGGCUUAGUGACCAGUCUGGGGAGGAAGAGUGUGAGGAGGCUGAGUGCCAAGAGCAGAUUCUGCUGCCCUUGUACUUCUCUGGCAGCUUCGUGGAGGAGAUGAAUGACAGCCGGCGCUAUAGCCUGGUGCAUCUGACUGCCCAGUUCUCACUGCCUUGUGAGGUCAAGGUGGUGGCUAAGGAUCCCAGCCACCCCACUGACCCUCUGGCCUCCUUCUUGGGCCUGCAGUUGGAGGAGAAGAUCACAGAACCCUUCCUGCUGGUGAGCCUGGACUCCGAGGCUGGCCUGUGCUUUGAGAUCCCUCCCCGGUGGCUGGACCUGACUAUUGUGGAAGUCAAGGGGCAACGAGACUGGCCAGCUGGGUCCCUGCCUGUAGCCACAGUGGAGGAGCUGUCAGAUGCCUUCUACUAUCACCUUCGAAAGUUACCAGUCUGUGAGACCCAACGGCCCCCGCCCAGGCCCCCCAAAAGUCAGGGCCUCAGUGGGCGCAGGAGACAGAGCAGCGAGGAGGGAGGCACCAAGUCUUCUCAAAUCCCAGAAGUACAGGAACCUCCUCUGCUGCCCAAACCUGAAGUGAAGACAUCACCAAAGUGCACCAAGGACAUCUCCAAUACGUACAGCAAGAUUCCUGCCUCUAAGAGUGGCCGAAGGUCCAAAACACAGCAUGUGGAUGAAGAUGAACAUGAUUAUGAAGAAGUAAUUGAGCACUUUAGGAAAACCAUGUAGGUUUUGGAGUAAACCAUGCUUCCUAACUGCUGCUUCUCAGGGAAUCUGAAACACCAGCCAACCCUUACAAGCUUCUAAAAGGGCCUGGGCAAGGACUCACAGAAAUCAGACUGCAACAGGGAAUGGCUCUGUGGGGACUGAUUCAAAAUAGGGCAGCUUCCUUCAGGUUCUAAGCUCCUGUCACUGAGGGUGCCUUUCCUGGGCCCAGCACCCGGCACAUGGUAUACAGAGGAACCAGUGGAGUUGCACUCAAUUCUGCAUCCCGACCAGUGGUCCCAGAGAGGAGUCAAAGAGGCCACCAAACUUGGGGAUGGCAGCACAUUGCCAUCUGCCUCUCGAUAAAGGAGCUUCAGUCUUGAUCACACUGCACUGACAAACUUUUUAAAAUGUUUGCCACUCCCCCCUUUUCCUCCCUCCUGCUUCCACCUGCCCACCAAGCUUUAACGCCUGUGAGACCGGAAUUGUGUCUUCCUGGUCACUGAAUCACCUAGCAUAUGGGGGCUGCAGGGGGGAGCCUGGCUUCAAGAGCAGAAAAUUAGUGAAAUGAGGGAAGCCAGUUGAAGACCUUUGUGGAGACCCCAGGUUGCAAAAAACUGGUAGGUUUCAUCAGAUGGUGCUAAGAUAUUGUCAAAGUUGUAAGUGACUAUCCAAGAUCAUUUCAUUCUAAAGGCACAAAAUAAAAAUGACAUUGCCAAGUGCAGUGGUAUGUAUCUAUAGUCCCAGCUACCCGAGAGGUUAAGAUGGGAGGAUGGCUUGAACCCAGAAGUUCAAGACUAGCCCAGACAACAUCACCUCAAGAACUUAGUUCCCAAGU